GGCCCUGCUGCCGGCGCCGAGCGGUGAGCAGGGGCGAGAUCCAUGUGCGGGGGCUGAGGUGGCCUGAGGGCAGGCCCUGAGUCCCGGCAUGCCCCUGCCUGAGCCCAGCGAGCAGGAGGGCACAAGUGUGACCGCCAGCCUGGAGCCCGCCCCUGCGCUGAAAUGCAGCAAGCUGGACACAGCCCCCCAGCCCCUGGAGUUUCUGAGGACCCCGUUUGGGGGCCGUCUGCUGGUGUUCCGGUCAUUCCUGUACAAGCAGGAGAAGGCAGUCGGCGACAAGGUGUACUGGAAGUGCCGCCAGCAUGCUGGGCUGGGCUGCCGGGGCCGGGCCAUCACCCGCGGCUCGCGGGCCACAGUUAUGCGGGACCACUGUCACCUGCCUGAUGAGGAGGGCCUGCAGGCUUGGCGCCAGCAGGAGAAGCUGCCCAGCCCUGCUCUGCCCGAGGCCCCGGAUGGCUCUGGCGGCCCUGUGGAUGAGCCACUUGAGGGCGGGGGCUCUUGGCUGUGUCCCGAGGAGCCACAGCCGCAUCCUGGGCAGGCACUCAGCAAGCCAGCCCCGGGGGAGGCGCCCCGAGCCCUGUCCCUGCUCAUCCUGCCUCCCAAGAAACGCUCGAUGCUGGGGCUGGGUGAACACCUGCCCCGGGUGACGGAGGAAUUCCUGCCCCGGAUACCUCCAUUCGGAGUAGAGCAGGCCGAGCCCCUGGAGUUCCUGAGGACCUGCUACGGGGGCAGCUUCCUGGUGCACGAGUCCUUCCUCUACAAGCGGGAGAAGGCAGUGGGCGACAAGGUGUACUGGACCUGCCGGGACCACACGCUGCACGGCUGCCGCAGCCGGGCCAUCACCCAGGGCCGGCGUGUAACUAUCAUGCGUGACCACUGCCACCCGCCCGACAUGGAGGGCCUCGAGGCCCGGCGGCAGCAGGAGAAGGCCACGGAGACGCCGCCAGCUGGGCUGGACAGCCCCGAGUACAAGCUACCCCAAGAUGCGAGGCCAGAUAUCCCCACUCUCAGACCUCGACCCAGAAAACGAGCAAAAGUGAAAGAUCAGGAGCCCUCAGCCCAGCCCCAAGGCCCCCCGGACGAGGAGCAGGAGGCCGACCCCAGAGGCCCCGAGUUCCUGCGGACCCCGCUGGGGGGCAGCUUCCUGGUGUACGACUCGUUCCUCUACAGGCGGGAGAAGGCGGCAGGCGAGAAGGUGUACUGGACGUGCCGGGACCAGGCCCGCAUGGGCUGCCGCAGCCGGGCCAUCACCCAGGGUCGGCAUGUCACUGUAAUGCGUGGGCACUGCCACCCGCCCGACCUGGCCGGCCUGGAGACCCUGCGGCAGCGGGAGAAGCGGCCGAGCCCGACCCGGCGGGAAGGCCCAGGAGGCCCCGAGUUCCUGCGGACCCCGCUGGGGGGCAGCUUCCUGGUGUACGACUCGUUCCUCUACAGGCGGGAGAAGGCGGCAGGCGAGAAGGUGUACUGGACGUGCCGGGACCAGGCCCGCAUGGGCUGCCGCAGCCGGGCCAUCACCCAGGGCCAGCGGGUCAUGGUCAUGCGCAGGCACUGCCACCCGCCCGACCUGGCCGGCCUGGAGUCCCUGCGGCAGCGGGAGAACCUCCCCAACCUGACCCACUGGGAAGGCCCAGAACCCACGGAGCCCUUGGAGUUCCUGCGCACGUCUCUCGGGGGCAGGUUCCUGGUGCACGAGUCCUUCCUGUACAGGAAGGAGAAGGCAGCGGGCGAGAAGGUGUACUGGAUGUGCCGGGACCAGGCCCGCAUGGGCUGCCGCAGCCGGGCCAUCACCCAGGGCCAGCGGGUCAUGGUCAUGCGCAGGCACUGCCACCCGCCCGACCUGGCCGGCCUGGAGUCCCUGCGGCAGCGGGAGCGGCUCCCCAAGGAGGCCCAGCAGGAAGCCCCAGAAGAGAUCAGCCCAGUGCCUGAAAUAGUACUGUGCUUGGAGACUGUUCCAGAAAUUCGGCAGACAGAAGGGGGGUGCAUAGAGGCCACAGAUUCUCACUGCUUGGGCGCCUCAGUCCCCCGACAGAAGUGACCCCGAGAACAGGACCCCCCAACCCGGGGCAGCCUUGGUCAUGGCCACAACAGGAGGCUCUGUGAACACAGAGGUGGACACGGUGCACACGCGCAGGCGGCCACGGCAGGU